GAUGAACGAGAGCUCACGUAAGGAGACGCGUCGUCGACCUGAUAGCGGCUACAUUCCGGCGGAUCUCGCAAGCAGGGCGGGGGGAGAGACAGCGGUGUCGUAUCCAGGACCUCAGCCAACACCGCGGCAACAAACGUCGCGCGGAGCAGAACUUGAUUCAGUAUUCGUUCAGUAUUCGUGAUAUAAUCGUUGGAGAUCGUCAGCGAUGGGUCGCGCUCCUCUCAUCUGUGUCUGCAGCGGUUCGGAUACGACGAUAACUGUGACUUAGAAUUUACAAAGAUGCGGGAGAGAUGUGGCACGAUCCCCUGGUAUCCAGCAGGGAUCUAAAAAAUAUAUAUAUAUUGCAAUAAUGUGAACUCCGCGUAAAGUGACGCAGGAAGGGGACACAUCGUUUUAAACGCGCGUUACAGAGUGCUGAAUGAUAACAGUUACUGAGUCUUUUGCGAGCUCAUCGAGUGAAGUUUAUAUUUUACUACAAAUUUAAUACGCGAUUGUUACGUAAUCAUUGCGCUUUGUACAGUAGACGAUUGCGUUGUUGAGGGUGUUCUCAUGUAGGUGUUCAAAUGUAUUAGUAGCCUGGCUUGAAAGUGUACGUGCGAGUAUUGCGAGAUAUAACCGCCAAAAUGUCGUUCUUAUCGAAUCUGAAGAAGGCCUUCCACUUCGGUGGUAAUGAUGCGAAAAAGAAGAAAUUGUACAACAACAUAAAAAUGGAUUGCAGUCCCGAAGAGUUUUGGGAGAUGGUGGGCGAACUGGGAGACGGCGCUUUUGGCAAAGUUUACAAGGCACAGCAUAAGCAGUCCAAUCAGCUCGCUGCGGCCAAAAUGUGUGCCUUAGAGGGAGAAGAUGACCUAAGCGACUUUAUGAUUGAGAUAGAUAUCUUGUCGGAAUGCAAGCAUCCUAACAUCGUUGAAUUACACGAAGCGUAUUUCAUUGAAGGAAAAUUGUGGAUGUUGAUCGAGUAUUGUGAUGGCGGUGCUGUGGACUCCAUAAUGGUCGAGCUGGAAAAAGCGCUGACAGAAAUGCAGAUCGCGUAUAUCUGUCAGCACAUGACGAAGGGUCUUGCCUUCUUACACAAGUCCAAAGUCAUACACAGGGACUUGAAGGCGGGGAAUGUCUUGCUGACUAUGGCGGGAGGUGUUAAAAUAGCUGAUUUCGGAGUAUCCGCAAAGAACAAGCACACUCUGCAAAAGCAUGAUACAUUUAUCGGUACUCCCUAUUGGAUGGCACCCGAGGUUGUCUUAUGCGAAACAUUCAGAGACAAUCCUUACGAUUUUAAGGUGGAUAUCUGGUCUCUUGGUAUAACUCUAAUAGAGUUUGCACAAAUGGAACCACCGAACCAUGAAAUGUCGCCGAUGCGAGUGCUACUUAAAAUACAGAAAAGCGAUCCUCCGAAACUGGAUCAGCCGGGAAAAUGGAGUAAGGAAUUUAAUGAUUUUAUUGCUAAAGCACUUAUAAAGGACCCGAGCUCACGACCUACAGCUGACGAUUUGUUAAAACAUCCGUUUAUAAGCCGAAAUUUAGAUCCAAAAUCUGUCAGGGACUUGUUGCUUGAAUAUAAAGCGGACGUUGUCGAAGAGGAAUUAGUGGACGAGGAGGCGGAGAAGGCGAAAAAAACGAAAAAACACAGAGAACAAUAUCAGCGAAUUGGCUGUGCAUGCGGUUCUCCUGGCCCUCGCCAGCCUCAUUACCCCAAUGCGUGUCAGGAGCAGCGCACAUCUCAGCUUCCUCUGGAGCUGGAUCAAAUCGCAGAUGACUCCGCGUCUACGCGCACUGAUGCCGAUGUUAAGAUUGCCGAAAAAGAAAAUCUCGUGGCAUUACCUGCGUCUGUGAAAAAGGAGGAGAGUCACAAACGCGAGAUCAAUCGGGAUGGCGAGAAAGAGGACAAGAAUAAGAGAUUACGUAAGGCGGAGUCCAAAGAAAAUAUACAGCCAUCCGUUGAGAAGAAACAGGCACCUAAGCCACCGCCAAGCGAGACGAGUGAACGUAGAUUAUCUAGAGAUAAAGGGCCGGCGCCCCCGCCACCACCCAUGCGUCAAGAUAGUAAGAGCGAGGAGAAAGAGAACGGUCCGAAAGAUGUCGAGAAGGUUAACAUCGUGAAUCUGAUGGACAAACAGAAAUCUACAGAAGAUAAACCGCAGCAAGUUAACAAAUUGCCGCAGAACGAGAAAAUGGCGGAUCCACAAGUAACAAAUAUCAAAGAUCUGAAGGAUUCGGAGAUGGAAGAUCAAAACGAAUUUAUGGAUAAUUCUGAAAAGAUGAAGAAAGCAGACAGCGAAGAUAGAACUAAACUAUUUGAUAAUAUCAAACGUUUCGAGAAUCAACAGAAAUUAAUGAACAAUAAAUCAAGUCCCUCUUCGAAGAAACAAUUAGGCAUGAACGAAAAACGCAAGUCGGCACCUGUUAAGCCCGAGAUGAUCGAGGAUUUGUCAAAGAUAAUAUAUAAUAAGCAAUUGUCUUUGCAAGAUAAAAAUGAAGCGAAAAACAAACUGUCAUCCGUUGACGAUAUAACGAAUUACGAUCCGCAAUCGCGAGAAAAGGAGGACUAUAAAACUUUGGAGGAGAAACGGAAAUCCGUUGGGGAGAAAUUGAACGCCGUAUUGGAGAAACGAUUGUCCAUGGAUUCUGGAAAGAAAAUGAAGAGCAACGCCUCGAUGGAAACGUUAAAACAUAUAUCCGUCGCGUCGACGUUCCUGUCGGAGAAGAACUGUGUUAAGGCUAGCUCAACGGAGGAUAUCAAAACACAAUUCGGCGUAACAAAGACUGAGGGCCCCGCGAAGAGCCGCAGCGCGGGGUCGUCCAGGAACGAUUCCCUAGAGAGCUUCUCGGACGAAUUACAUACGAAAACUGACAGCAGAAAGUGGUCGAGUACAGAACAAGAGGACGCAGUGAGCUCGGACGACAAGAGCUCAGAGAAACAAGAUUCCGGAAUUAACGUGUCGGUGAUCACAUCGACGCCGAUUAGAAGCAGAAGCGGCUCGAGGAGAAGCAGCGGGGACAAUAUAGUCGUUAUUACAGGGAAAGCUCAACCCGAGCAAGAAGUACGCUUAAACACAUCGACCGUCCGCAUUACUGCCGACUCGCCAGACCUGUCGAAUAGUCUGGCAAGUAAUAUCAGCCAAAUAACGGUUGUAACGACGCAUCCGCCUGUGUUGGUGGAUGCCACCUCAGCGGCGUCCGCGACGACGCCUCUUCCACGACGCACUUCACCGACGUCGGAGGUCGUUAUAGUCGCCAAUGAGAUGAACAAGACUCAAGUGAAUGACAAUUCUACCGAUGACGACGGAUUUCCUAGUCUGGAUAGUCUGGAGUACACGCCGCAAGAACAAGCUAUUAUACUUACCGACGUAUCAAAGAGAAUCGGCAAGAAGUUGGACGAAUCGGAGGUGGUAAUAGUGAGCCCCAUUGUGGACGAACUGCAAGAUACCAGUCACGUCUCCGUGGUCACGGUAGGCGACGACAAGGAGCAGGUGAAGGACUCGUCGAUAUCUAAGAAGCACAAUGUCAUCCGCACUGGCUCUUCUCACAGCGAUCUAAGUUUGAACGAAAGGUCGAGUCUGAAGAGCGACAGCGGUGACGAGAGCGGUAAAGUGACGGUCGCCAGUACGACUGUUGAAUCUCCGGACACGGACGAGUAUGAUAGAGGCGCGAAGAAGAUGAAUGGCUUGAUCAAGAACGAAAUGCCGCAUCACACCGAGGACAGAAUCAUAAAGACGGUCAAGCCGAAAGAAGUUAACGUCAAGGGCUUCAAAGAGAAACGGGUUUCUCCGGACAGUUUCGAGGGCUCCAGGUCUCAGAGCGACUCCAGCUCUAUAAGAUCGCAUACACCGAGCAAGAGCAUCGAUCGCUCCGACGCAGAGUCCAUCUCCACUACGAUUAGUCAAGACAGCAGGGAAUCGAAUAAGGAAAAUCGCUUGAACCAAGCUCAGCAUACAGAAGUCGACGAGGAAGUCGUUCUGCGUCGUAAACCUGACUAUAAUCGUGAAGUAUCCUCCAGGCCGACUAGGACGAAAGAGGACAUACAGAUGAUGAAUCUGAAGAAGAAGACGCGAAAACGCACGAGGAAAUUUGAGAUCGACGGCGUCGUGGUGACGACGACGACUUCGAAGGUGAUCUAUGGUGAUGACGAGAACGGCAAGGUUUACGACGAUCAGAUAUUCCGAAAGCAGGAGCUGCGGGAACUGAAGAUGCUGCAGAAGAUGGAGCAAAAGCAGUUUCAGGACCUUUCUCAGAAGGCUCAAUUCAACAAGGACCAGCAGGAGAAACGGUUCGAACAGGAACGGCAAAUCUUGGAGCGCAGUACGGAGUCCGAUCUAGAUGCACUCGUGAGACAGCAGAGGCAGCAGAUCGAACGUACGGAGGCGCAACAAGAGGUCGACCUGAGACUGGCGUCCAAGAAGAUCCGCAGCGAGCAGGAGAGAGAGCUGAAGCAAUUCCGCGAAGGCCUGAAGCAAGAACUGAGACUGCUCAAGCAAGAGAUAGACCUGAUGCCAAAGGACAAGAGAAAGAACGCGUUCAAGAUACGGAAGGAGAAGCUCGAGACGGAGCACGAAGAGAGGGAGAAACUCUUCCUCGAAAAGCUCAACGAAAGCCACGAGAUGUCACUGAGGAGACUCUCGGACGGCUAUCGCGAGAAAAUCGCGCUGAUGGAGCGGCAGUUCCUGCAGCAGAAGCAGCAACUGAUGCGCGGCAGGGAAGCUGCCAUCUGGGAGCAGGAGGAACGGCAGAUACACGAGAAGCAGCAACUGCUCAAGAGGCAGCUCAAGGAUAUAUUCUUCCUGCAACGGCAUCAAAUGUUGAUACGCCACGAGAAGGAACUGGAGCAGAUGAAGCGAAUGAAUCAGAGGAAGGAAGAGGAGCUGAUCAAACGCCAGACGGUAGAGCGCCGGAAUUUACCCAAGAGGAUCCGCAAUGAGAUGAAAGCACGCGAGAUGAUGUUCCGGGAGUCGAUGAGGAUUUCAAUGUCGUCCGUGCUCGCGCCCGAUCCCGAUGCCGAACGCGAGAAACUGAAGAAAUUCCAAGAGAACGAGAAGAAGAGGUACCGGGCGGAGCAACAGAGAUUCGAACUGAAGCAUUCCAGACAGUUAGAAGAGGUGAGAGCGCAGAGUGACGCCACGAUCAAAGAGCUGGAACAACUGCAGAACGAAAAGAGAAAGAUGCUAAUGGAAUAUGAGACGCUGAAGCUGAAGGAGCAAGAGGAGGCAUACAGUAAAGAUCUCCGCGAGUGGAAAGCGCAACUUAAACCCCGAAAGCAGAAACUUGAGGAACAGUUCGCGUUACAAUUGGAGGAGCAGGAGGCGAUUUACGGGCCCAGCGCAAUACCGUUGUGCUUGCCGACCGAUCUUCCCGAUUUAACACACAACACGACUGAGUCUACGCGUAGCUCGCUAUCUUCCGUAAGUGAGGGCUGAGAACGUCGACAUACGAGAACACGGGUGCGAAUAUGUAUAAUUUGUACAACUUUGCCUAAAGCUGGAGACGUCCCGUCACACGCGGGGCAGUCGUUACGUUCUUGCGAUCACGGUUUAUGUAUGUAUAUAUUGCAAAAAUUCGUUCCGGAAUAUUUCGACCUAGAGCCGGCCUCGAAAUUUUUAUGUCAAUUUUUCAUCGAAAGACUUGUAUUCUACAGAUCCUUCCAGAUCCAUAUUUAGAAUCAAGCGUGUUACUAAACCGCGAGAAACUUCGUAUGAUGAAAUAAAUUUAGAAUUUACGUUAUUUAGAAUAUGUUUGUCAUCUGGAAGUCCUUUCUCAUGUUUUCUUUUUCUUCCUUUGUCUUUCUUUUCCUUUCUUAAUUGUAUAAAACAGACUUGGUUUGUUCAUAUAGACAUAGAAAGAAAAGUUAUCUUUAUUAAUGCACAUGCGACACGAGCUUCUUAUGAGAGACUGGCGUGUCAUACGUGCAACGCUAGUGACGAACAUGUGUUGACACAAAUAUUGUUUUCUUCAAAUAUGGAUUUUGGACGAGCUAAAGAUGAGUUUUUCGAUUUUAAGAUGUCCCGUUGAGAUCGGCAUUUGAUCAUUGAAAUACCGUUCGAACGGAAUCGUCGUCGGAGUUGUGUGUCAAUUUUCUACACGAUGCCGAGUUUCCAAAUCCAAGAAGAAAUAUUAUCGCAAAUUAUCAUUUCUUCUUAGAUUUUCAAAUCUAAGAAGAAAUGUUUCGCAUAUAUAUUAUCGUUUUCUUAGAUUUCUAAGAAAUCCAAGAAAAAAUAUAUCACAAUUGCUACAUUUCUUCUUAGAUUUCCAGGUGCAAAAGGGAAAUAUUUCACAAAUUAUUAUUGCGGUAUAGCCAUUUCACAAAAGAUCGCGGAGAAUAUUUCAUAAACGAUUGUACUACAAAAGCCAGUUUGAUACUAGAAAUAUUUUGUCGGAGAAGAAUAUUUGUAUAGAUUGUUAUUAUAUUUAUAUACUGUGUGAGAGUACGUUGUGUGUGGUACACUUAAAUCAAUCCGCCCAUCCGUCGAUCCUGGAGUAUCGCACUGUAUCUUAUUGUAAUGCUGGAAAAAAAGCAUCGACAAUAAUAAUACACAUACUCCGCUGGAUGUCGAGCAUACUUUUUUUCGUACGGAAGUUAACUCAGUUUAAUCGAUAAUAAUGCCUUUAAGAGAGAGAGGAGGAUAAUUCAUCGAUCGCCGUUUGCGUAUGUACGUAUGUUUAUAGAGAACUUGUAACAAUUUUUACAGUUGUACGCAACCCCGCAGGCCACGGAAUAUGUAUAUUUUCUACAUUUUAACAAGAGUAUUAUAAUAUUACCAAUCGGUUCACUCUAUGAUCGACUGCCGCCGCACGGGCGUAUCGGAAAUUUCUAAUGUUUGUUACAUGUAAUUAUAAAUAAUAAUAAUAAUAGCGAUAGAGAGAGAGAACGGUAAAUGGCAAACAGUAUCGAGUCGCCGAACUUGUUUUAAAGAUAACGAUUUUCGAGGUAUUAUAUACAUAGCAUCACUGUCGGGAUGUACAUGGUAAAGUUCAUGUAAGCGCGUUAAGCCGUAGUCACCAUGUUCGAUUAGUUACGUUAUUUAUAACGAAAGUUUAUUAGUAGCAACGCGAGUAUUCUACUUCAGAUGAAUAUUUUAGUAAAUAUUCGUGAACUUAGAUUACUUUGUUCCUUACAUCGCCAUUUUCGCUAUAUAGAAGCAAUUUAUAUAAUCACCUAUAUGUAAUUGCAUUAUCUGUAGUAUAGAUAAAUCGCUUUAAAAAAAAGAAAAAAAUUGUAUUUCAAAAAUAUUUAUCUGACCUAAUUUAUUAUUCCUAAAAAUACAUAAAAAUGUAUGGAGAUAUAUUGAAAAUGAUGAGAUAGAGAGUUUAUACGUUUAAAGCGAUGAAAAUCGAAAUUCGUAAACACUUUACUGAUUAUUCAAACGUUACGAAAUCAUACAUACACACACACACACACACAUAUAUAUAUAUACACAUAUACAUACAUAUAUAUAUAUAUAUAUAUGUAUGUAUGUAUGUAUGUAUGUACGUAUGUAUAUGUAUGUAUAUAAUAAUAACAAGGAACAGAGUAAUUUAGUUUUACGUUACACUAAAAAUCAAAGGAUAACACCAAAUAUAUAUACAUUGUACGUUUGUAUGGCUGUGUAGCCUGAUGACGUUCUAGAGAAUCUCUUUAAUGCAUACUUAAAACGAGCAUGCGUGGCUAAAUGCGAGCUGUAGAUAAAAAAGGUACUUGUAAAAAGAUAUCCUUUUUUUUAUUGUAAAUUAAUUCAUAUUGCAACGUUAAUUAGUUUUGCGAUAUAUGUACGGGGUGUCCCAGAUUUAGUGCAUCGAUCGCUUAAUUACUUGUUUUCGUAGACCGUCUCUUUCUACAAAAAAAAAAACUGCAAGUAAAUUUCUAAAUUCGUACACGAGAACGCGUGGCUGCAAAAAGAAGAGACGGUAACAGAAAUGAGACAGCCUGUAUAUAUAUAAAUAUAUAUAAUUGUUCGUGAAAUUUCGUGUACAUAGUAUUUUGAUAAAUUGCGUAAUAUUAUAAAAAGUUGUAAUUUAGUAUAAAUAUCAUGUUACAAUGAUUCAUUUCAAAAACGGACCUAUCUCCCUCUCUCUCUUUUUCUUUCUUUUUUCCCUCUCCAAUAAAUACCGUGUAUAUUUCUUUCAUUUACUGCGAGGAAGAUUGAUUUCGUAGGACACUUAGAUCUUAUUAUUCCAACGUCGCUGAUCAUUGAAUGACUAUUAAUAUUAUAAAACCAUUAACCCUUUAUUAGUGGUAAAUACAAGUUAAAAUUGUUCAUCAUGUUAGCUUACUUGUAAGAGACUGUUGAAAUACAUGAAUUAUUAUUAAGGA